AUGACACAGUCAGAUCUCGACCAACUGCUCGACAUGGGCUUUGAGAAGGCCCGGGCUGAGCUUGCCGUGAAGAAGACUGGAAACCUGAACGGAGCUCUCGAGUGGCUCGAGACUAACCAAGACAAGCCCCUUGAGGAGCUUGCUGCCGCUGCUGAAGCCAAGAAGGAUGACGACGACGAUGAUGCCGCUGAAGUCCAAGCCAACAUCGAGGCCCUUGAGAACGGCGGUACGGCAAAGUCCCUUGUCUGCAAUGAAUGCGGCAAGCGCUUCAGGUCUCAGGAUACUGCCUCAUACCACGCAACAAAGACGGAUCACACCGACUUCUCAGAGUCGACCGAGGAGAUUGCUCCCCUCACAGACGACCAGAAGAAGGAGAAACUCAUCCAACUCCGAGAGCAGCUCAAGGAGAAGAAGGCGAAGCAGGCCCUCCUCGACAAGGAAGAUGCCAAGCGCAAUGAGAAGAUCCGCAUGAAGGCCACAAAAGAGACCCAGGAGGCCAAGGAAGAAUUGGCGCGCAAGGAGCAGAUCAAGGAGGCCGCCAAGAAGCGUCAGGAGAAGCAGGACGACAUCGAGGCGAAGCGCCGCAUCAAGGCCAAGAUUGAGGCCGACAAGGAGGAGCGUCGCCGCAAGGCCGAGGAGGCCAAGGCCGCGAGAGAGGGAAGAGCCCCCGAGGCUGCCCCGGCCGCCGCCGCACCUGCCGUCCCGAAGACGGUCGCCAACCACAACGAGGCUCGCUUGCGCCUACAGACCGCCGGCGGCAACGUUGUCAAAACCCUGCCUGCUGAGACGACGCUGUUCGAGGUGGCUGAGAUGCUCCGGUCCGAGACCGGAACGGCAGUCACGAGCUUCUCGACCACGUUCCCUCGCAAGACGUUUGAGGGCCACAUGGAUCUCAGCAAGACCUUGAAGGAGGCAGGGCUCACUCCCAGCGCUGUUCUUAUUGUCAAAUAA